UUUGCGCCUGAACCCUAAACCCUGAUUUCUUGAAAUCAUCGACGACCACGCUUCAAUCUCUUUGCUUGCGCUACGUAGUAAGUUCCCAUUACCUUUUGACAUGUAUUCACUGAUAGUCCAUGGAAGAAGGUCCCUGGAUCUACACAAGUGGCGUAACUUAAGAGUUUCAGUGCAAAAUGCAUUUUCUUUUUCCAGUUCCUUCUCUUCUUAUGCCGCUAGUGCUAGAGAUGGUCGAAAAGAGCAGGUUUUCACUUUUUGUUACCUCGUUGAUUCGUUGGGUUUAACCGCAACACUCGCAGAAUCAAUCUCAAAGAAAGCCAGCUUCAGGGACAAGGGCAAUCCAGAUUCUGUCCUGAGGCUUUUGAGAAGUUACGGGUUCACAGACUCUCAGAUCUCUAGCAUCGUAACGAACUAUCCACGGUUGCUUCUGCUGGAUGCUGAGAAAUGUCUUGGUCCUAAGCUUCAGGUGAUCAAGUCAAUGGAAGGAGCUUCAAGCUCUGGUCAGCUCAUCGAGACUAUCUCAAAAGUUCCUAAACUCUUGGGAAUGAAAGGGGACAAAACUAUAACCAGAUACUAUGAUAUUGUCAAAGAGACCAUGGAAUCUGGUAAGAGUUCCAAGUUCGAGAAGCUAUGUCACUCACUGCCUCGUGGUAUGCAGCAGAACAAAAUCAGGAACGUAUCUGUUCUGAGAGAACUUGGAGUGCCUCAGAGGUUGUUAAGCCCUUUGCUCGUCUCGGACCACAAACUCGUCUGCGGAGAUGGAAAAUUCAAAGAAACCCUCAAGAAGGUUAUUGACAUGGGUUAUGAUCCGACAAGCUCACAGUUUGUUCAAGCUCUGGGGGCUGUUCGAUGGUUGAGCGACAAAGAGAUACAAGAGAAAGUCAAUGUCUACGAGAAGUUAGGCUUUUCUGUAAAAGAUGUAUGGGAAAUGUUCCUGAAGUAUCCUAUCUCUCUUAGAUUCUCGGAGGACAAUGUAACUCAGACGUUUAAAAUCCUGAAGACUUGUGGACUAGUAGAAGAAGAGAUCCUCUCAGUGUUCAAGAAGUUUCCACAAUGCAUUGGUUAUUCAAGGCUGAAGAUAUACAACUUCCUUAAAACUUGUUUUGGCCUUGGAUUUAACAUUAAUCAGUUUGCGAUGAUGGUCAAGCGCUUCCCUCCAUGUCUCAACAUGUCUGCAGAGAGGGUGAAGAAAAGGACCAAGUUGCUGGUGAAGAAGAAGAAUAAGCUUAUGCUGAGGAAGAUGAAAUGGUCACUAAACGCUGUGGCUUCGUUUCCUCAGGUGCUUGGAGUUAGCAUGGAGAAGAGGAUUGUACCUAGGUGUAACGUUAUGAAAGCACUCAUGUUGAAAGGGUUGCUCGGAGACAGAGAAAGCAUACUACCUGAUAAGGAAUCUGUCUUGUUAUGUACUGAUGAGGAGUUUUUAGACAGGUAUGUGAGGAAUCAUGAUGACAAGGAGCUUGUGGCUGAGUUAAUGUCUAUCUUCACCAGAGAUUCUGCUUCAUAGAUAGUUAAGGCUUGUGUCAAGGAGUGAAGUGUGUUUCUCUG